CUCUACCCAACCCAAGUACGAGAGGUGUAACUGUAAAGGGUAGUACUUACGGGUACGGGAUAUACAAAAACAAAUUCGAUCAGAAAUUGGAUUAUUAAGCAUAAUUUUCAUUACCGUCAAAGGCUUAAAGUUAAAAUCUCUAAAUAGGUGUCUGAAAAUGGAAGCUUCUGUCUUCCUACCUCUCAUCUCAGCGUAAACGGGUCGUCGCUUUGUUUUGUUUUUUUGACUUUCCAAUGUGAAGAGCAGUCUCUUUUCUCUGAAAUUACAAAGCUUUGAUCUUUACUUGUAUUAUAAAAGAAAAUAAAUUCCUUUCUUUCUCAAGCAAUUGAAUUUUGGGUUAAAGACUGCUUGCUUAUUAUUUCUCAUUUCUGGGUUUUUCUUUCUUAAUAACGGUUUCGUAUUGUUAGACCACAAUGCGUGCACCGUCACUGCUUGCACAAUGUUUGCCAGGCUUGGUACUCUAUGAUCGAGGAAGCCAAAGCAUGUCCCCUGUAUCUGAUAGAGAUGUCCAUCUCCCUUCACUGGCUGUGGAGAUUCUCCCAUCAAAGACGGCCCAUCCUUGUAAAUAUGCUGGGGACAAUGUAGAUUUGCAAGGGCUCGAUGUAUUCAAGGGAAGAGUUAGUGUUGCUGACAUUAUUGGUUUCACCACUACUGAAAUGUUAUCUUCAAAACCUGAUGGGUUUCUGAAAUCUUGGAACAGUUCUUUCGAUCUUGUUAACGUCCUUAAGCACGAGAUCCGUGAUGGGCAGUUGAGCUUUAGAGGGAAAAGGGUGCUUGAGUUGGGUUGUGGCUAUGGUGUUCCGGGGAUAUUUGCUUGUCUGAAGGGUGCUUGUACAGUGCACUUUCAAGACCUCAGUGCAGAAACUAUUCGAUGCACUACCAUACCAAAUGUACUUGCAAACCUGGAGCAAGCUCGGGAAAGGCAAAGCCGACAGCCUGAGGGUCCUUUGACUCCUUCCAGACAAACUCUUGCCCCAACUGUGCACUUCUAUGCUGGGGACUGGGAAGAACUCCCCACUGUAUUAUCUGUUGUUCGGAAUGACGUGUCCGAGGUGACUACAGGGAUGAGGUUGAGCUUCUCCGAGGAGGAUUUCAUGGAUGGGUGCAGUAGCCAAGAUGGUAGCAGCAUAACACAAGAAAUUUCCUCAAGGAGGUCAAGAAAGCUUUCAGGAAGCCGGGCAUGGGAAAGAGCUAGUGAGACAGAUCAGGGCGAAAGUGGCUAUGACAUUAUUUUGAUGACCGAAAUUCCAUACUCGGUUUCCUCUUUGAAGAAGUUAUAUGCACUAAUUAAGAAGUGUGUCAGGCCUCCAUACGGGGUUGUAUACUUGUCGACGAAGAAAAACUAUGUUGGCUUUAACAAUGCAGCCCGGCAUCUCAGAAGUCUGGUUGAUGAAGAAGGCAUUUUUGGAGCUCAUUUAAUUAAAGAGGUGACUGAUGUAGAUAUUUGGAAGUUCUUUCUCAAGUGAAGCAAUGUUCACAAGUAUGGAAAUGGCUGCUAAACUGAUUACACACACACACACAUAUAGUGUUCUAUUUUUCUGUAUCUUUUGGAGUUAGUCAUAUAUAUUUAUAUAUCAGAACAUUGUUUCAAUUCUUUUGGUAGCAAUACUGAAAUUGGGAUAUCAAACAAGAAUUUAGUGAAGCUUAAUUUUGCUACCAUGUGUCUUGUAUUCUUUUACCAGAUUUUGUUAUACGUAUAGUUCCAUUUUAAUGUACAUCAAAACAGUUGAAUUCAAA